AAGAACUCUUAGUUAUAAAAGUAAAGCUUUACAAGUUUAGUAAAAUGGAUCCCAAUAUGAUGAUAGAAAAAGUAUUAACAGACUCCGAUCUGUCUGUAAAUGGUUGGUUGAUUUUACCAAAAAAUAAGAUGGAGAACAUAGAAAAGAACAUGGGAUUUCCGAUGCCCCGUAAUGGUGUUCAAGUGAAAAUUCUGGACAAUGACAAAUCCUAUUGGGUAAACCUUAACAAACACAAAUCUACUUAUCAUAUCGGAUCUGGGUGGAAAAAAAUCAGAGAUGACAGAGGUCUCAAAACAGGCGAUAUCAUCCAGUUAUAUUGGAAAUCUACCAAAUUCCUUUUCUCUAUGUGCUCAUCGCCUAAAGAAGAACAAGCAUGUCAAAAAGGAGAGAGUAGCUCCUCUAAUAAAACAAUGGGAGAACGAUAAAUCAUGCAAAAUAAAUGGUGUCAGAUCAACAUAACAAAGUUGAAUGAAGAGUAUAAUAAACUUCAUAUAAGUAUAAAUAAUAAUUGCGAUAUAAAUACAGUAUUAUAAUAAUGAUUUCGAUAUAAAUAUAAUUUACUAC